AUGUCCGCCACUCCUCUCCGUCCAGCUGCGUAUUAUCCUGCCCGGCCUCUCUCACGUCCGGUGUCGACCCCAGCGUCUCCGACGCCUUCUCAAGUCGCGACCGGACUUGCGCCUUCGUCUGACCCAUCUUCCCCAACGGCUGGUCAACCGAGUCGAGAGGAUCAGGUGAUCCAUCACUUUUAUCUCAAGACUGUGGGAGUUCUCGUUGAUGGUCGCUUGACGCAUUUCGGUAGUGUGGUGGACAAGAAUGGAGAGAGCAGGCAGGAUCGUUGGUUCAAUCUCACUCUACCUGAUGUUGACCUUCACAGAUCCGACUUGCACAUAUACCGACAGGUCUCGUUGUUUCCCUUGAUCCGGCAACCUGGACCUCUGCCUGUCGAUCUAUGCACCAUACCGCCCUUACUCAUAGCUUUUAUCCUCGAUACUAGUGACCUUCCUGGUGGUCAAGCUUUGAUGUGGAACCGAGCUAGUGGCAAGUCCAAGAUUGACAUGGGCUUGUUAAGUGGUAAAGGGAAAGGCAGGGAACACCAACGCAGUGGGAUCAUCCUCGAACGAUGGACCUUUCGUGCUACUGUGACACCAGCGGAUCAAACUACCUCGUCUGUAUCAGAAGCGAGAAUUGCGUUUCGGUUUGGUGUCGUUCACUUCCGUGCCCUCUACUCACUUCUUCGGCUACUCCCAGCUUUCCGAAUGUUCCGUCGUCUUCGUCGCGCCGGUAACGGGCUACGACUUGGUAUCAAGCUUUGGGCACCAGAGGGAUACCCAAACUCGAAACAAGGGCUAACGGAUGCAUGGGAAGUGAUGGAAAAUGGUCUGGUUGGUCUGGAUACCGGACUGGAUUCACUCGUCGGCGAGGAAGGAGCGCCACCAGAGUUGAAGCAGCAUUUCGACCUACCUCCCCUAGACGCUUUCGGUUUUCGUUAUACUCUGAACGCCGCCUACAGGUCUGAAAUUGAAUUCCAUGUGGAGGACAUGGAGUCGGUCUUGAGCGAGAAGUUUGUCGACAUGGACGAAGACUUCUUUACUCCUACGGUGGCGCGUGAUCGGCUGGCUGAUGAGGCUCGGGUAUCGUCAGCGGAAUUAGCAGUCAGACCUACAUCAAGGAAGCAAUCCUUGCCAACUGCUAUACCGACGAACCCAUCUCCUAUACCUCAAAGACAACAACCAGCUACCCUUGAAUCCUUCGCGAGACCAAGCGGUAGUCGACUUCCGUCUGGUGUGACACCCGGAACGAUGCCGUCAGGGAGUGCAGGCGGAAUGUUUGAUCGCUGGGGUCCAUUGGCAGAGGGUCUCCCUUUUGCCGGCGCACCUGUUCGACCUUCUGGCGGAUCCAAAGUGACAGUUGCCGCUCGUCGUCUCUCUGGUCAUUCGGUCCAUCCCUUCGCUUCGGCAUCACCCUCCACCUCCGUCCUUCGAUCAGCCCCCUUUGUUGGCCAGGUUACUCCCUCGCCUGUCAAUCGCCCUCGAUUAUCUUCCUCCAAACCAUCCUCAAUCGGCCGAACGAGUUCGUACCUGUCUCAGUCGGGACGUUCAUUCACGCAUGCUCAACUAGCAUCAGCUUCCCCUCCCGUGACUGGAGGCAUGUCGGGAGUGCAAUAUUCCUCUAAUGCAUCACCAAAGACGAUCUCCCCGAUAUCGCCAUCCUCACUGACCUUCUCCAAACAACCGGUCCCUCGUAGCUUAUCCGGUCGACCCCCGUAUAUGGCUUCAUCAAGUUCCUCACCUUUCAUCGCUGGCUCACUCGAGCGAGACUCAUCUCUUCCUUCACCUCCUGGUACUGCUCCUCAAAUCAUCCAACGCUACUCGUCCUAUUCAUCACGGCAACGUGUCAACUCUGGACUGAACCCUACACAGACAGGCUCGCACAGUAGCGGAGAUGGAAGCCCUGGCGCAGGUUCUAGCAAUCUUAUGCGGAGAAUGAGCACUCGGCAAUCACAGGAAAGCGGCUUGCGUCACAGUCUCGAAGUCCCAAUAGAGGCUGGGAGUGACAAUGAAGAUAUACAAGCCUUCUUAAAAGCGUUAGAUUCUCUACCUCAGCCACCUUCUAUGGCAGCCCAAGCAGCUUAUGCCUCCCGACCUAAUCUGCCCUCGACCUCAUCUUCACUGUCAAACCCAUCGGUAUCUGCGUCUUCCAUUCAACCUGCAGGCCAGGAUCAAGCUUUACAGCCGAGUAGUGCGAGUAACACCCGAGCUCCUCUCACGAAGGCGUUGAUCGAUCUUCAACUGAAGCAAAUGGUGGGCAGCUUUACGUUCAACACGAAGAAGUUUGCAACUUCGUUCACUUCCCUCGUUCCUCAAGAUCGAUCGCCGACUCCCAAUGCUCCUAUAGCCCCUACUCCUCGACCAAGUGCUGGUAUGGGUUUACUAUCUGCCAGUCGACCGUCCUCGGCCAUUCGUCGAGUUUCCGCUGCUGGUGGCGAACACGAUCCGGCCCGUCCGACAUACCGUCGGCAGGCGUCGGGUGGUAGUCCUCUGAGUAAGGAGGCUACUCUUCUUCCAAAUCCAGCAGAUAUUCCACUUCCAGAAGCAUCACCUUCGUUCCUUGUCUCGAUGAACAAACCCCACGCUCCUGGCUCAGCACGGUCACUACCUGGUCCGGCAUCCGCACCAUUGGUAGAAGAUAAAGCAAUGCCUCCGGAACUCCGGUCAGUGGGUGUGAUGCCUAUUCCCAUGCCACCAGUCGAGAUGCUUUCACCACAGACUACAGGAGGAACAUCCACAACGGAUUCAACUCGUACUUUACGUCGUGGACCCGUGCUUUUGAGAGGAGGAUUUGGAGAUCAAAGGAUUAUGGGAGGUAAAGCUAGUUCAUCACCUUCUCACUCUCCCAUUCGAGAUUUCCGACUUCGAGCGGCGGACAAUAAACAAGUGGAAGAGGAACCACCUGCGAUGACUCGUCCUCAGACAGCAGGAUUACAAGGUGGGAGAUAUAGACUCGCCUCUGCUUCUCGUGAUAUCCCCACAGUAGGUGUGACACAGUGCUACGGUCAAGGACGUAUCACUGCUCCAAGUUCUUUGGGUGGUCCAGUGGAGGAAGAACGAAGAGGGAGAAGUGGAAGGAUCAAUAGUGAAGGUGGAGAGAAGAGAGGGAAUAUUAUGAGUACCCCAGAUGAGGAUCAUAUAGAGGAUCUGGAAAGGUUUGGGGAGAUGAGCAUAGAGAAUAGGAGAGAAUGAUUUGUAAGAAUAAACCUUUCAGUGUACAAGUAAGAUACUCGUAUUGUAUAUCUUCCAUCCUCUCGACUGGAAAGACACGCAUACGGAUUUGGACGAGGACACGGACAAGGAAGGACCUUGAAUGAAACGAUCUGAGGACGGAGUACGGUUGUAUAAUGACGUCUGCAUACAGCAUUGAUGAUCG